AUGUCGCGGCGCAAACAGGCGAAGCCCCAGCACCUCCGCUCGGACGAGGAGCUGCCCCCGCCGGACGUGGCCUCGGAGCACGCCGGCCCAGGGGAAGGUGCUGAUGACGGCGACAGUGGGAAUGAGAGCCGGAGCGGGAGCGAGGAGACAAGCGUGUGUGAGAAGUGCUGCGCUGAGUUCUUCAAGUGGACAGACUUCGUGGCACACAAGAAGACCUGCACCAAGAACCCACUGGUGCUGAUCGUGGGCGAGGAUGAGCCCACGCCGCCCAACGACGACUUUCCGGAACCUUCUCCUGCCAGCUCCCGCAGCGAGCAGGCCGAGAGCGAGGUGGCAGAGGAGGCUGCCCCAGCGGAGGCCAGCGAGGGCGGUGAGCUGAAGGCCUCAGACAAGGACGAGGAGCCCAUGGACGUGGACAGCCCUGGGGACAAAGGCCCUGCAGCCGCUGCCAAGCCCCCGCUGCCCUCAGGCCCCGAGCCCACGGCCAUGGCCAGCUACAGCAUGCCCAGCACCAACGUGACGCUGGAGACACUGCUGAGCACGAAGGUGGCCGUGGCCCAGUUCUCACAGGGCGCACGAGCAGCAGGCGGCGUGGGCCCGGCAGGUGGGGUCUCGGCAGUGGCCAUCCCCAUGAUCCUGGAGCAGCUGCUGGCCCUGCAGCAGCAGCAGAUCCACCAGCUGCAGCUCAUCGAGCAGAUCCGCAGCCAGGUGGCCAUGAUGAGCCGCCAGUCACUGCGGCCCCCCCUGAACCCUGCUGCCCCCACGGCCACCCCCAGCACGCCUGUGCAGGCCGCUGGCCAGCUCCAGGGCUUCACCGCUCACCCUGCCCUCCAGCUCUCCACUGGGGUGGCUCCUGUUGCUGUGGGACCCACCCCCAGUGCCCCCCAGGCCUAUGAAGGGCCUCCGCUCCUCUCCCAGCCAGUGUCCGGGGUCAGCACUCCGGGAGGCCUGGGGGGCGGCCCCACAGCCACCACAGAACCCAGUGUCCCUGCAACUUCUGGCACAGUCUCCACCUCGGUGACCCCACCCUCUGCGUCCAGUGUGACCAGUGGCUCUGCCCGGCCACAGGGCACCCCUACGCCUCCCGCCCCAGUUCCUGGGCCGCUCCUGACCUCAGCGGCCAGCCUGCCAAACCCACUCCUACCUCAGACCUCCUCGAGCAGCGUCAUCUUCCCCAACCCGCUGGUCAGCAUCGCCGCUACAGCCAACGCGCUGGACCCCCUCUCAGCCCUCAUGAAACACCGUAAAGGGAAGCCACCUAAUGUGUCCGUGUUUGAGCCCAAGGCCAGCUCCGAGGACCCCUUCUUCAAGCACAAGUGUCGGUUCUGUGCCAAGGUAUUCGGCAGCGACAGUGCCCUGCAGAUCCACCUGCGCUCACACACGGGGGAGCGGCCCUUCAAGUGCAAUGUCUGUGGCAACCGCUUCUCCACCAAGGGCAACCUGAAGGUCCACUUCCAGCGGCACAAGGAGAAGUACCCCCACAUCCAGAUGAACCCCUACCCUGUGCCCGAGUACCUCGAUAACGUGCCCACCUGCUCUGGCAUUCCCUACGGCAUGUCCUUGCCUCCUGAGAAGCCCGUGACCACUUGGCUGGACAGUAAGCCCGUGCUGCCCACAGUGCCCACUUCCCUGGGGCUGCAGCUGCCACCCAGUGCGCCCAGCUUUGCCGACUCGCCCAGCCUCACACCCAUUAGCCGCUCCCCACAGCGGCCCUCGCCUGCCUCCAGUGACUGCACCUCUUUGUCUCCUGGACUCAACAGUUCCGAGGCCAGUGGCACGGUGACAGCAGACUCCCCCCAGCCGGUCCUCAGUGUGGCCACUCUGACAAAAACCGAGCCCCUUGGCCUGUCUUCUGCAAACCCCCGGCCUGGGGAGCCCCCGGCUGGUGGGCAGGCCACUACUACCACACCCCUGCCCGUGGCCACCACAGCCUCUGACAGCAGCGUGUCCCCUGGCCUCUCCACACCUGUGCUUCCUGCAGUCUCUGACCAGUUCAAAGCCAAGUUUCCGUUUGGUGGCCUGCUCGACUCUAUGCAAACGUCGGAAACGUCCAAGUUGCAGCAGCUGGUGGAGAACAUUGACAAGAAGAUGACGGAUCCCAAUCAGUGCGUCAUCUGCCACCGCGUCCUGAGCUGCCAGAGUGCCCUCAAGAUGCACUACCGGACACACACGGGUGAGCGGCCUUUCAAGUGCAAGAUCUGCGGCCGCGCCUUCACCACCAAGGGCAACCUGAAGACGCACUUCGGCGUGCACCGCGCCAAGCCCCCGCUCCGCGUGCAGCACUCCUGCCCCAUCUGCCAGAAGAAGUUCACCAACGCCGUGGUCCUGCAGCAGCACAUCCGCAUGCACAUGGGGGGCCAGAUCCCCAACACGCCGCUGCCUGAGGGCUUCCAGGAGGCCGUGGACGCCGAGCUACCCUAUGACGAGAAGAGUGCAGAUGCUCUGAGCAACUAUGACGAUGACAUGGACGACAACUCCCUGGAGGAGGACCCUGAGCUGAAGGACCCAUCUGUUGAUGCCACCAAGCCCCUGCUGGCCUUCGCUGGCUCCUGCCCGCCCUCCCCACCCUCAGUCAUCUCCAGCAUCGCCGCCCUAGAGAACCAGAUGAAGAUGAUGGACUCUGUCAUGAGCUGCCCACAGAUGACUGGCCUCAAGGCCCUGGAGAAUGGGUCAGGGGACAGUGACCGCCUGAGCAACGACUCAUCGUCGGCUGCUGGCGACCUGGAGAGCCAGAGUGUGGGCAGCCCUGCCACGUCCGAGUCCUCGUCCUCCACACAGGCCCUGUCCCCUGCCCACAGCAAUGGCGAGAGCUUCCGCUCCAAGUCCCCUGGGCUUAGCACCCAGGAGGAGCCCCAGGAGGUUCCGCUAAAGACAGAAAAGCCGGACAGCCCCGCAUUGGCUGCUGAGAAUGGAGGCGCCCUGGACCUGACAGCCACCACCCCGGGCCGGCCUGUGGUCAAGGAGGAGCCCCCCUUUAGCCUGCUGUUCCUGAACAGAGAACGGGGUAAGUGUGCGGGCACGGUGUGUGAUGUCUGCGCAAAGCCUUUCGCUUGCAGGAGCGCGCUGGACAUCCACUUCCGGAGCCACACGAGGGAACGGCCCUUCGUCUGCACACUCUGCAGGCGGGGCUGCUCCACUCUGGGUAAUUUAAAGCAACACUUGCUGACACACAGAUUAAAAGAGCUGCCUUCUCGGUUGUUUGAACCCAACUCUGCUCCAGGUCCCGGCCAGAGCUCUCCUAGCCUGGUCUCCAGCUCGGCGCCCGCGAGCAGGAUGGACGUGAAUGGCUUCAGCAAGCCCAUCUCACUGGGUGAGGGCCCCCCACUCCCGGCCGGAGUCCAGGUUCCCGCUGGGCCACAGACAGUGAUGAGCCCUGGUGUCACCCCCCUGCUGGCCCCCCCACCACGCCGGACCCCAAAGCAGCACAACUGUCAGUCCUGUGGGAAGACCUUUUCCUCGGCCAGCGCCCUGCAAAUCCACGAACGUACACACACGGGAGAGAAGCCCUUUGGCUGCACCAUUUGUGGGAGAGCUUUCACCACCAAGGGGAACCUCAAGGUACACAUGGGCACACACAUGUGGAACAAUGCCCCCGCCCGACGAGGCCGCCGGCUCUCUGUGGAGAACCCCAUGGCUCUGUUGGGGGGUGAUGCCCUGAAGUUUUCUGAGAUGUUCCAGAAGGAUUUGGCAGCUCGAGCCAUGAACGUGGACCCAAGCUUUUGGAACCAGUAUGCUGCAGCCAUCACCAACGGUCUGGCCAUCAAAAACAACGAGAUCUCUGUCAUACAGAAUGGGGGUAUCCCCCAGCUCCCAGUUGGCCUCGGGGGUAGCACCAUUCCCCCGCUGGGCAGCCUGAGUGGGAUGGACAAGGCUCGCACUGGCAGCAGCCCCCCGGCUGUGGGCUUGGACAAGGCAAGCUCGGACCCGGGGAGUGGCCGUCCGUUCACAAGGUUCAUUGAGGACAACAAGGAGAUUGGGAUAAACUAG